AGUUGUCUCGCCCUAACAUGGUCAGAAGCGUGCUUUCAGUGAAGAAUAGUAAACAAUCCACAAUAGCAUGAAUAAAUCCAUCGGCCGGUGUCUGUCUCCAGGAAUAACCAGCGGUAUUGAAGCAGAUUUUUUUGCUGUUGCUUCAUGCAUUUCAACACAUGAUUAGAUGUAGGCUACUGAAGGCUGCAGGCUCUUGAUGGAACACAAAAGGCACAAGUUAUUGCGAAUCGUUUUGGGCUACCAGCAACUGAAUAAUAGUGGCAUCGCUGCUAUCCCUUUAAAACUACAAUCGAAUUAAUUUGAAGACCCUGCAUCGGUCAAAUUAAGAGCAGCUGUCAGAGAUGGACGGCAUUGCGAACACCAUGCAGAAGAAGGCUGCUGAGCUGGAGCGCAUGGCCGAAGUCCUCGUUACAGGAGAGCAGUUACGGCUGCGGCUCCAUGAAAGUAAAGUGAUUAAAGACAGGAGGCAUCAUCUCCGCACCUAUCCAAACUGCUUUGUGGCGAAGGAGAUUAUUGAUUGGCUGAUUGAGCACAAAGAAGCAUCUGACAGGGACACUGCCAUCAAGAUCAUGCAGAAACUUCUUGACCAGAGCAUCAUUCACCAUGUUUGUGAUGAGCACAAGGAGUUCAAAGAUAUGAAGCUGUUCUACCGUUUUAGGAAGGAUGAUGGAACAUUUCCACUGGACAGUAAAGCCAAAGUUUUUAUGAGGGGCCAACGAAUAUAUGAGAAGUUGAUGAACACUGAAAACACCCUUCUGCAAACCCGUGAAGAGGAGGGUGUGUCAUAUGAGCGGACACUGGUGGCCUCAGAGUUUAUAGACUGGCUGCUGCAGGAGGGUGAAAUGGCCACCAGGGAGGAGGCUGAGCAAUUAGGAUGCAGACUGCUGGAGCAUGGCAUCAUACAGCAUGUUUCUAACAAGCACCACUUUGUGAAUGGUGUACUGCUCUACCAGUUCAGGAUGAAUUUCAGGCGGCGACGACGACUGAUGGAGCUUUUGAACGAGCGCUGUCAUAGCAUACCAGAGAACCAUGACAGCCCAUUCUGUCUGCGCAAACAGGGCUCUGACGGGGGAAACACCAGCUUCCUCUCAGUAAGCCCUACUAAAGAGAUAAAGGUGGUGUCAGCAGUAAGGCGGAGCAGUAUGAGCAGUAGUUGUGGCAGUAGUGGUUACUAUAGCAGCAGUCCCACGCUUAGCAGCAGCCCCCCUGUGCUCUGCAACCCCAAGUCUGUGCUAAAGAAACAAGUGAGCCCAGAGGAACUUCAGGCCCCUGGUGGACGUUACAUAAAGAAGACAUUCACAAUUGUUGGAGAUGCGGUGGGCUGGGGAUUUGUGGUGAGAGGAAGUAAACCCUGCCACAUCCAGGCAGUGGACCCUGGUGGCCCCGCUGCAGCAGCUGGAAUGAAGGUGUGUCAGUUUGUGGUGUCAGUUAAUGGACUGAACGUGCUCACUCUGGACUACAGGACUGUCAGCAACCUCAUCCUCACUGGACCAAGAACAGUGGUUAUGGAGGUUAUCGAAGAAAUGAAAUACUAAAGACACAAUCCCUCUAUUGUCUGUCUGUUUGUUUGUCUGUUUUCUUUCUUUCUUCCUUUUUUAGUCUCUUUUUACUCUCAGUUUUAAUGCCUGUGCAUGAGUGAGAGAGAGUGUGUGUGUGUGUGUGUGUGUGUGAGAGAGAGAGAGAGAGAGAGAUACAGGCAAGGCUCUUAGUUGGACUCAAAGCUUUGAGUGAAACGUUUCAAGUGGAAUGUCCUGAGAAGUGAUCUUUUGAUUCCGUUCAUCAUUUUAAUUCAAACCAUUAGCUUAGAGAGCAUGACACUAAUCUAUACUUUGAGAUUUGUGCCUCCCAUUGGCACCUCAUUGACUUUUACUGGUAUAUGUCAGCUCAGACUGAAACUGGAUAGAUUCUCUGAGAUCAUGUGGAAAGGCAACUGCCAAAUAUUGUUUUGUAACAGAUUUUAUUUAGAACCGUAGCCAUUUAAAACACUCAUGGUAGUUGAGUAAUCUUAGGUUAGCAGACCAGAUGCCAAACUAAUUUGUGUCAUUCAGGUAAGAGCAGAAUUCAGAGCUCUUUUUGUUUUUUUACUCUUCAACUGUUUCUUCAAUUUAAGAAUGACUGUGAUCUUUGGAGAAAAACAAUGUUGUCUAGAAGUGGCGUAGUUGAGAUUAAUCACAUUACCUUAGUGUGAUUCGUUUAACUGCUACUUUAUAUACCUGCCAUGUUUUCCAGCACUUAUAAAAUAAUAAACAGAAUUUAUGCCUCCGUUUAAAUGCAGGGGGAAACCAACAACAGCACUUCCAGAGUAUGUUCUUUAGGUAAAACACAUCUAAUGCAUAUCUAAAAUACUGUAUGUUAUACUGUAACUCAUUUCAGUUGUGCAAGUUAAAGUAUUUUGUAAAAGUAGCUAAUUUUUAUUUGAUCUCUUUUGUCUAAAUGGCCAUUAAAUAUUAGGAAGGCAAUCAUGUAGUUAACUGUAUAAUGUUUAUAUUAUAUGACAACAUCGAAAAUAUCACUUUGUGAAAGUGUUACUGUUCUAACUGCAAAACAUUGCCAUGAAAAGUCAAAUUUAGAGUAUGUAGUGAGUUAAAAAGCAACUGACAAGACAAUACAGUCUUCAGAUUCACUUUAUAACAAUGUAACUAGUUUUAGAAAUACAUAUGUAACACUAUAGAAGAAAUUAUUAGACUAAUUGGAAAAUUAUAGUGCUAUAUGUUUAUCUAAAUAACUCCUAUGCAUGUGUAUUGUGUACAAGCAGUCAUCUGUGCAGGAAGAAAUACAGUGUUUAACCUUAGUAGUGCUUAUUAUAUAUCAUGACACAACUGAAAGUGUUAAAUGAACUGUACAAGAAAUGAGCUCUUUUGUCAAUCUACAUCUGUCAUGUGCAGAAUUGUACUGAAUAAGAGGGAUUGUGGUUUUGCAGGAUGCUUCUUGUUUGACUAGCGUUAAUUGCACUCAGUUGAGGAAUUGACAAGGACGACAAAUCAACAGUCAAACAAUAAUCUUUUGGUUUUAAAGAACGUUUUGUGCAUAUAAUGUGCACAACCAUAAGCUUGAAUCCUCUGCCUUAAUAAUCUGUAUUGUGCUGCUAAUUCUCACAGCUGGUCAUGUAACAUCUUUACUCAUUUUAAAGAAUAUACCAUGUUCUCUAUUUAAGGCUGUGGUAGGUUAAGAUUUUGGGGUCAUCUUGACAAUCAGCAUUUUUUCUGGGUUGUCUGUUUAAUACCGGUCCAGAUAUGUGCCACAUUUUCCCUAUCACUGGAAAGUGUACACAAAGUGUAAGCUAAUCUAAUAAUCAGAUAGUUAUUUUAUGUUUAAUCACCGUUUUGUUUUGAAGUUGAAUAAAAGGGAGAAGUAAAUCCAAAUCUCUGAUUUCAAUGCUUCACAAAUUACAAAGUGAAGUUAAAUACGCGUGUGCGUGUGCAUGUGUGUGUGCGUGUGUGUGUGUGUGUGUGUGUUUGUAUCUGUAAGGAGCUCAUGGUACCAUGUCUGUAUUUCUCUGUGCAGCUCUAAAUCAUUAUUAAUGUCUGUUUAAUAAUUGUUUUAUUAAACGCCUUGAUUUCAA